AUGACAGUCCUCACAUCACCACCUCCGACUCUUUCCAUGAAACCACCUGACAUGACAGAAAUUCUUCGUGUGAGAGAUCGUCUUGAUCAACUCAUUUCCGACAACAAUCCAUCUCAUCGUUUUGUUGCUGUCGAUGACAUGUAUUCGGAGAGCGAGAAAAAGUUUUACAUGUACCUCUCGGCCAAGAUUAAAUGUCGAAAAAAGAGUCGUGAGUUGCAAAUUGAUCGGUUUGAUGCGAGACGAUUGGAACACAGAGAAACGAAAUUUCAGAAUGAAGUCUCGGAAUUAUUUCUUGUCAUGUGUUUACAAAACGAAUUGAUCGAAACUCCUUCAUGUCUUAAAAAGUAUGAACAUGCCAACUUGUCCGAAAAAAAGUUCAGUGCCACAGAACGUAAAGAAUUAUUUGCAGAUUUAUUGAAAUGUGCUUCUCUGAAUGAAAAUUCUGAAAAAAAGAGAUUUUAUGAAUGUCAUGACUCGACUAUUCUCGAUCGUUAUGUAAUUUUGAGUGAUUAUGAUUCGAAAAUUAUAUAUCAAAAAGGUUCACUCAAAACCAUGCCUUCUCUUUACAAUGCCUUUACAAGACAAAUUCCUGAUCUGAGUGACCUCUUGGAAGGAGACAAUUUAAAUCAUCUCACAGAAAAUGACAUUUCCAAGUUGAAAAUAGUUUUUCAAAAAUUUAAAUAUGAGAAACAAUUGGAUCAAAUAGUGAAGGAUUAUGAAACUCUUUCAAAUUAUCCUCCAUUGUUUUUGGCAUUGACGAGUACGUCUUGCAUUCCAUAUUGUCGAAAGCACCUUUUGAAUUGUUUGAAGAAAGUUUAUUAUCAGAAUCAUCAUGAGGAGAAAAAGGAAGAAGGAAAAGUUGAAUUGGACGAUGCUUUCAUUCUCGAUCUUUCUUCUCUAGAGGAUGUUUAUGGUUGUUUUUGUGAACCUUGUUGUGCAAAGGUGGCUAGUUAUAUUGAAUAUGAGAGUAGCAAACAAAAUUUAAAUCCAUGA